AUGGCCUCGUCCACGAAUAACCGCAGUAAAGCGUUCUCUCUCAACCUCUACAUCCCGCCCCUCUCUCGAUCUAUCUCCAACGGCCCUCCCUCCUCCAGGGACUACCCGGCGGCGCGCUCAGACUGGUCCCUGCAGUCGUACAUAUCGUCUCCUUCACGUGCCUCGUUCCUCUCCGCCCGCGGUCCGCCACUUCCCGCCCCGUCUCAUCUCAAGCAGGAGCAGCCCGUGCUCCCCAUUCCCUUGAGCGAGGACGGGCUUGACCCGAGCGAGAAAAUGAAGCUCCUCCGCAAGACCCGGAAGCUCAGCCGGAUACUAGGAGAGGUGCCCAUCCCAGUGACCGUCAGUAGCCCGUCCCCGGCUACCCCGGACUUCCGUUUCCUAGGCGUACUGGAGGAACCUUCUCUCACUUCUGCGUCGACCUCUGCGUCUUCGUCACCCGUGAAGACGCCGCCACCAGGCAUCGACCAUCAGGGCUCGCUGAAACGCAGCGCCACAGUGGGCCACAACAGACACGCUCAGCAGAGCGCGAUCCACCGUGCACGUUCCUUAGCCUCCAUGCGUCCCUCCCUAACAAUUCCACCUGCUGCUCUCACGGUACACGCCUCGCCUAUAUCGCCCGUCAGCUUUUCCUGGCCCGAGCUGAAUCCCAUUCCGCCGUCACCUGUCUCACCAGUGGCGCCGGAAGGCGAGUACGCCUCCGAGAGGGCGCAUUCGAAACGCAGCUCGACUGUCUCAUCGAGACGUGGCUCGGUGGCGUCGUCCAUCUUCCCUUCGCAGCGGAGUCCUGAACAAGUGUUGCGCGCGCGUGCCGCGAAGCUCGCGCGUCAACUGGGAGACAAUAUCCCGCCGGAAGUGCUCAUGCGGGCGGCUUCACCUCCCCCACCGCGUACUCCGAUGUCAUCGCCGCCCGUCAUGACGCUCACAGAGGCCUCGUUGACAAUCCGCCAGCCACCUCGACGUACGUUAUCCAGUCGUCCAUCCAGGGACGGCAAGCGAGACCUCAAGCGCCGUCUCAGUCUUGACCUGCGCGCCUUCAUUCGGGUGCCGGCGCCGCCAAUUCCCUCUCCAUCGCUGUCGGAUACAGAGGAUUACAGCACCAUGCUUUCCAAGAGCAAGCACGGCUGGAAAGGUAUCGGGAAGUGGGUGCCGCAGGCCUUCAGGUCCGAUGACGCAGAGCCAGAAGAGAGCUCUCCUCAUGUGGCAGCGCCUGAUGUCGCAGUGGACUCGGACCUGGAUUCGGACUCAGAUGAUGACUUCCCGGGGUCGCGCGCACGGGAAAGGCAGCGUGCGCUGAACCUGCGCCGGGCCCGCAAGAUGCUGCAGGUGUUCGGAAACGAGCCCCCGCCCUCCCUCUUCCAGAUCACAAACAUUCCUGCGGACGCCACCAGCGGUAUAUCUGCGGCUGCGGGCAUGACCCACCGCAGGAGCGACUCGCACGCAACCACCGUCUCCCUACCAGUCAGCACGCUCUCCGUGCCCGAGACGCAUCACACGCGCCACUCGCUCAGUACCGUCUCGUCGGGAGACAACCUCUCGCCGCUUAUAUUUGCCGAUCCAGCCUCGGUGCCGCCAUCUCAGCCACAAUCGCCCCAUUCUAGGCCUGAAGAGGCACAAGGGGCGCCUCUGUCUACCCCUCGACUAGCCCCUUCACAACGCACAGUGGUCGAGGUCUGCCCCUCGUCCCCGCUCUCUGUCGCCACACUCGCUUCGUUAAGUAGACAGUCGCUCUCCGUCGCAUCAACGAUCUCCGCUCCUGCAUCGCAAGCACCGUCCGCCCAGGAUCACAGCCCGCUCCCUUCUCCCGUUCGCAAGUCCUUCCAGGCCAGUCCCCCGGCUACUCAAUCUCUGUUCAUGUGGGGCUCCGCUACCUCCCCAGUCUCCGCGCCGACGUCGCCGCCUGUCAUGUCCCCGUCCGUCCCUCCGGAGUCGCCAACCACCAUGUACCCUUCCGACCCGCACUUCCGCGUCCGCCGCAUUCGUGCCGCGAAGCUCUCGCGCUUCUUCGGUGUCGGUCUGAACGACAUUGCCGGCAUGCUCCGCCCUGGCAGCGUACCCCCUCCCACCAGCGCCGUGGAGCCCACCUCCCCGACAGCUCUUUCCCCGCCUACGGCGUUUCGCGAGUUCAGGAGAUCUGAGUCGGACGACUCGAUCCCAUCCCCCACGUCGCCAGUUGGGUCUACACACCCGCCGGCCUCCUUGCGAGCGUCGUCGCGCCGCUCUACUCGUCCGGUCACGAGCGCAGGCAUCGUGGGGACCCCAUCCGUCCCGAUAGGGGACGUGCCGCGCGAACGCAAGCGCACAAUGAGCUCGGGCGCGCGGAGCCAGAGUGUGUCGCGUGGGCCACGGCGCCCGCAGACGCAGCCCCCGCUGCAGUCUGGGGAGCGCAGCCGGUCGAAUAGCCAGCCGGAGGUGCUCACGCAACAGCAGAUGCACAACCGCGCGUUCUCGACGACGGUCGAGGUGUCAUCGGAGAGCGCAAAGCGUCCGUUCGGGUUCUUUGACGGCCGUCGAUCGGGCAAGGAGAAGGAGCUCGACAUGCACGACGUGAUACGCGCGCUGCGGAAGAUGAAGUAGAGAGAGGAGGGUUGCGGUCUGUUUCUAUCAUAUCAUCCGUGUUCGAGGAAUUACUUGGUUGGGGAUUCGUUCCGGCGCCAUUGGUCCUUCCGUGUCAUACUAGUACUACUUGCCCUUACAUGCCGCGCUCCCGCACGCAUUUAUUUAUCAUAUCCAUCUCUUAGUAUAUCACCACGCUUACUCUCUCACCUUACACUCGCCGCCUGCUCAUUUUUCCAGCCUACCUUACCGUCCAUCCACCACAACUCGGAUCCCGUCUCCCGCCGCAACUUCCUGCCGUUAUGCCUCCCGCAUGUGUAUCGUACUACGUAGUGUCACGCCGAUUCACUGUUUGCCCACCAC